UGUGGCUUCCGGAUUUCAAGCUUCUUCAUAAGUGAAACUCUCCGUUGUGUUGAGUACAGUUUGUGCUUAACUGUUCGGACGUGUCCAUAAAUUAAAAGGUGGACGACAUUAAUGAUGAGAGGGCCUCAAAGUAGUCCAAAAAGAAAUAAGGAACUCUUCAUUGCAUGACAGAAAGACUGGCAGAUCCAUCUUCAUCACUCAUCAAACAUUUCAGUACUUUCAUAAUUUCCUCAGUGCGGGCAUACCAUGAAGGGUGAAGAAAGGUGUCAAGAGUAUCCUGCCGGAGUGGAUGCCGCUGGAAAACGGCCCAAGCGUAAAUGCGUGCAGUGGCACCCGCUGCUCUCUAAAAAGCCAUUUGAUUUCUCGGAGGAGGAAGAGGAGGAGGAGGAGGAAGAAGAGGAUGAAGAGGAGCUUAUACAGUAUGACCAAGGCCAGGUGUCUCAAGACCAGAGUGGUGGCACAUCAGAGGACGUACAUGAGGACGUAAAUGAACAGCGAGCUCGUCGACCGAUGAAUGCCUUUCUUCUCUUCUGCAAACGCCAUCGUUCCCUGGUGCGACAUGAACACCCUCGUUUGGACAACCGAGGGGCUACCAAGAUCCUGGCCGACUGGUGGGCUGUGUUGGAGCCUGCAGAGAAGCUGAAAUACACCAAUAUGGCCAAGGAGUACAAGGAGGCGUUUAUGAAGGCAAACCCAGGCUAUAAAUGGUGUCCCACCAACAGCAAGCCAGUUAAGAGGCCAUCGUGUCAGACAGUUUGUAACGCUCGCAAAAAGGUGUGGUCCUUCACUUCAAUUACAUCCAAGGACUCACCCACUGCCGGAAAAAUGCAAAAACCUGAUGCCCCACAAUUGAACUUUGCCAUGGCUGAUCCAACUAAGAUGGGUGGCCUCAGUAUGCUACUGUUAGCUGGAGAACAUGCACUAACAAGCCGAGAGGCGGAGGGCGAAGACAGAUGGCAGGCAGUGGAAAGGACAGGCGCCUGGCUCGUUGGCAGAAGUGAUGUGGAACAGGAACAUAUGAGAGCACUGAGAAAAAGGAAACAUAGGAAUCAACAAAGGAAUGAGCAGUCAUUGGGAUCCAUACUGCCUGACAGAAAAUCGUGCAAACGGUCUGCACUCUUUCAGCUUGCUGAGAUGUGUUUAGCAUCUGAAGCUAGGAAGAUGGACACAGCUGUAUCUCGGCAAGUAACCAGCUCAUCUUCAGUCUCUUUCCAUGAAACUACAGCCAGUUGUCUUCAGAUUCAAGAGGAGAAUUUGGAAAAUGUUGUUUGCCCUCUCACCUCUAAUACAUUACUUUCCCACUCCCCGAUCACUUUGACUGAAAAAAUUCCCCUGGAACUUGAAAGCCAAAAUCAAUGUGUCAAAAAGAAGAACAAAGAGGAGCUUAUAUUCACUGAUAAUGAUGAAAGUCUUCGUUCUACAAAGGGAUUUCUUAAAAAUCCUACAGAUGUUGAUGUAGGGGUUAUGAUUGGAAUUGAGACUAUGGAUGAAAGUGUCUGGAGGGGUUCAGAGAAGCCCAAGAUGAAAAUCCAAUAUGUUUCAGGUGGUGAUAUGUCUUAUCCACCCAAAAUGAAGAGUGAGCUCCAAGUUAAGACUUCUGUCAAAAAAAAAGAUAUGGAUGGUGAUAGUGGAAAGUAUACGCAAUAUCAUGCCUGUAAAAUGGAAAUAAAAGAAGAGGUGAGUCCUAUUACAGAGAUAGAAGAAACAAGUAUAGAAAGCAAAGAAAUUCAGAACAGCAUGGAGGGAUGCCAAAAAGUUUCCAACAAGUCUUCAUCUCUGAUGGUCAAAGAGGAUUACGAUAGGAUGGAAAUGCCUUCUAAGGCCAAUACAAAGACCCAUGGUGCAAGGAAAUCCGAGAGGAGCUGUAAAGGCGCCUUGUACAAGACCCUUGUUUCUGAAGGGAUGCUGACUUCGCUGAGAGCCAAUAUUGACCGUGGUAAAAGAGGUGUCUUUCGUGCUUCCGACCAUGAAGCAAACAUUGGCGAAGAUAGCUGUACACUAUCCCUUAUGUCAUCUAAUAACACCAAGAGACUAAAAAAAUCCAAGUCCAAAGAUUAUUCUUCACAAGGAAAACUUGAAGAAGAAUUUGAAAAGAAGUUUAACAGCCUACCACAGUAUAAUCCAACAACAUUUGAUAAGAAAUGGUCUUCUGUCAUGAAGAGAAAGAAGACUGAUUGGUCUUUGGCCCAUGAGGAUACUUCCAAAACAGGCAAAGGACCAUCUCCAUCACAGAAAAAGACUUCAUUCCACAAGAUUAUUGGGAAGCACAAAUACUUAAAGGAGAAACCAGCAGUGGGACAGAGGGAUUCCACCGUGUUGCUUUCUGUUUCAAAGGCCAAAUCAUGUGCCACCAAUGCUAUAAUCUGCCCAGAUGUGCAAGGCACCCCUAGUAUGGAUAUACUAGUUGGUAGCCAGAAGAGGAAGGCUAGGAAGACAAAGAUAACACAUUUGGUACGGACAGCUGAUUGCAGUGUAUCUCUGCUUGAGGACAAAAUUACGGAUCUGAACCAGGUGCAGGAUAAAAUGCCAUUACCCCAACUUACACUAUGGAAUGAAAAAGGGUGCUACGGUGAUUCCAGACCAGUGGAGGGGAGCAAUUGCACACAGGAACUACCUGCUUUCUUUAGUUUAGCUGCUCUUGCUGAAGUGGCAGCCAUGGAAAACAUUCACAGAAAAUCCUGAAGGAGAAUAUUCAGCCAUCAAUUUGUGACCUCAUGCUGAAGCGGAUUUGGUUUCUGAAGCAGGACAACGAUCCAAAACACAUCAGCAAGUCAACCUCUAAGUGGUUAAAAACAGCAAAAUUUAGGUUUUGGUGUGGCCUAGCCAAAAGUCCAGUGUUGUAUCCGACUGAAAUGCUUUGGAUUGACCUUAUAAAGGACAUUCAUUUUUGAAAACCCUCCAGUGGUGUCUAAAGUGUUGCUGAACAAGUCUGCAAGGAAGAGUGGACCAAAAUAUCUCCACAGCGAUGUGAAAGACUUCAUUGCCAGUUCUAGAAAAUGCUUAUCAAUUGUUGCUGCUGAGGCUGGGCCAACCAGUUACAGUAUUAAGUUUAGGGGGUAAUUACCUUUACCAUAGGGCUAGAUAAUAGUAAUAAUGUGCAUUACAUUUGGCGCGCUUUUCCUGAUACUUAAAGAAGCUUUAACAAGUUGCACACAUUAUUCAUUCACGCCAUAGUCAUACAGCUACUUGUGUAGUAGGCACAGCUGCACAAAUCCAGGUAGAUUUGAAUCAUUUCAAAACUGAAUUUUAUUUUUACUUCGGUUAUCUUUGAUAUUUGCUUCUUUUUUUUUUUUUUUUUUUGCUGAUCCUUAACAUUAAAGUAGAGAAAAUAUGUGCAUCCUUUCAACUUCCACACUGUAUAUGAAGGCUAAAUCAGUCAAGAUGUAUAGCUGAUAAAGGUAUUUUAGAUGUAGAACUCUACAUAUGACUGUUCAAAUGUGUCGGACAGGGGUAUGUGUUGUUAUAUGCUAUAUAACCAUCAGAAGCUUCCAAUUUGAAGUGUUUGAGGUAUGUGCAAACUAAAAAUAAGACAAUUAAGAUUACAAUACAGUUCAACUUUAAUUAAUGUCCAGCAUUUCUGAUGUUUAUAAAUUAUGAUGCAAAUUAAAUUGAAGGCAAUACUCUGGCCUUGAACAUUUCAUCUAUAAAUGUUUAGUGAAUUGUAAAAUAGUACCAAAAAUAUGCUCUCUGCGUAGUUGCACUAUAAUAUAAAUGCAAGAUGUAGACGAGAAGAAGUACACGUAAACAUACUUCAGUCAUCUCAGGCACCAGUAAUCUUAUUGAUGUAGAAGAAAUACUUGAGGAAAAUUAGGAAAAGAAGGCACUAUGCUGAUGAAAACUGAAAUAAAUACUUGUAUACUUGUAGCAGUUACCAGAUUCACAUUACAUUAGAAAUACCUCGGUGCAGGCAGGAGAGAAAAAUGUUUACCUUUGUUUUAGUUGUCUGUGUAAUUUAAAAGUAUUGAAUAGAUUUACAAAAUCAGGCACUGAAAUGGAAUAAAUUAUUCUGAAAAUUAAGCGAAACCUCAUAUUCUUCGAUCAAUAAAGUAAAAAAAUACUCACACCCCUUCAUGUCUUCCACAUUUUCCAAUGGUACAGACUUAUUCAAAAGGUGAUUUGAAUAUAGUUCUCUUUUUUUAAAAAAAAAUAUUCCAUGAUAAAGUGAAAACAUAUCUUAAGGCAUUUUUUUUUAAUUGAUAUUUUUUUUAAUGUAAACUUUCAAACAUGCGUACAUAAGUACAUUAUUCACGGUAGUUACGUCUCCCCCCCCAACGAAUAACGAAAAUCUGCAGUAUUUAAAUACCUAUGUAUAAUCCAUCACUUUUCGGAGACGCUCAUCCUAACGAGAGUCUUUGGGGAUGUAAGAGGCGUGGAGAGUACCGGGAGAAAACCCACGCAGGCACGUGGAGAACAUGAAAACGCCACACGGGGGGCAGGAUUUCAACCCCGGUCCUCAGAACUGUAAGGCCAACGCUCUAACCCAGGGGAACCCAGACUUCUUUACCCCAAGAUCUACUCUUCAAGCAUCCAGCCUCUCGCGACUGCUGUGGAGAAAGCAAAAGAGAUACCGUAAAUAGGAGGCUAGCUUGCUACAACGCGCCUUUAUGUGCGUGCGAUCGACAUAUUGGCCACACCUGAAUCAAGCGAUGAGAUGGAUGAUAGGCUGAUGUCUUUUUUUUUUUUUUUUGGCACGGUGUGACGCGAUCGACCAACUGCCUCACGAUCAACACAUUGAGCACCCCUGCUCUCUCCAGUUGCUCCACCAUGCCGCCCCUAUUUAUAUGUACCAAGUUUUCGCAACCAUAAACCAAACUUAAAAGUCUUAAAUUUUUCAAAUUGGAGAAUGCACCUUAAGUGCAUUUAGAGGCCCUGUAGCUCAGUGGUUAGAGCACCAGGGGUUGUGGGUUCGUAUCCCACUGGGGCCUCCACUCCCUGAGAAGGGUUGCGUCAGGAAGGGCAUCCGGCGUAAAAAUUGUGCCAAACAUGUAUAUGCGUUCAUCUGAGAUGACACGCUGUGGCGACCCCAAAAGGGACAGCCGAAAGAAACACACACAAAAUGCACCUUAAGUGCACAACAAGUUUUAUAAUCUGUAAUUGUGUGACUAGUUCUAUGAAGUACACCUGAACACACUGGUUACAUUGUUUAAAUGCAUGCUAGCAUGUGUUUUAGCGUGAAUGUAAGCUACCAUAUGAUGGCGCUCCCAACAAAGUGAGGAACAAUUGCAAUUUUAUGUUUAGCUGGGCGAACUUUAAUACUGUAUUUCCUUUUUUUGCUGCUCGUUAACAUUAAAGUGGAGAGAAUAUGUGUAGCCUUCCAAAUUCCACGUUAUAAAUCAGCCAAGAUGUAUAGCAGUUAAAGGUAUUGUGCAUGUAGUAAUAUAAUAAUUCACUAGUUGCCAAUUAUUUUUACAAUUAGUUGACAAAUCGGGUCAUACGUAAAUCCCAGUUUUUCGCACCAGCCAGUAGCUGCUCUGAAGAGACUCUAGCAUCCCAAAAGAAUGUAAAUAGUGUUGAAAAUGCAGUUAUUAAAUAAUCAGUUAUUUCUUCCGUCAUUAUUUUUUUAUUAUUUGCUAGUUAUGCUAUUGUGUUAGGUCGGAUGGAUAGGGUGAAGACUAUGUUCGACUCCAGGAUCCACCACGUCAAGAUCCUCCUCCCAUCCCCCCUCGCCUCGAAGCACCGCCCACCAAUGUUGCCUCUAAUUUUUCAUAUGUCUGGCCACAGAGACAAGCUCCCUGAGCACACUGAGGCCACUGUGAGCAACAUCAGAGGUGCUCACUGUGGCCACACACCUGUAUCACACCUGGGACCAUGGAAAGUUUAAAUGGCUCAUUAAAAGAAUCAAAUUACAACAGCAAUUUCCAUUAGUUAACUUUUAAUGUAACUCAUUUGCCCCACUCAAAAUGAAAAAGACAAAAGUCUUUGAUUGAACAUCGUUUGUGAGAUUUGUAGUAUGUUAUGUGAGAGUUCUGCUUUGGCUUAGGCCAGUGAAGUCCAGUUUUGGCCUUGGGUGAGUUUCUUGCUUUGGAAGAAAUGAGACAUACACACCUUUCAGAAAUAACAUUUUGUUCACAUUAAAACAUUCCCAUUUUCCACAGUAAAGUGUGCUGUAGCUUGUGAUACAUUGCCUUUUGUUAGCAUUUCUCCUACCCAUGAAUGAUCUAGUCAUAAUAUAAUUUAAUGAUUAAUAGCCAUAAAUAAAACAUCUUUUAUAAAUGUCACUAGAAUAUGUACAAAUCUGACUUAAAAUUUACCUUACUUUUUCACAUCUGUCCUUCUCACUUCUUCAAUGAUUGUACACUUUGUCCAGGUUGAUGGCUUCGUCUGCUACUUGCUUGGACUUUAUGAGCAUCAGUUGGUCCAAAUGUGUCACUUCAAAAUGAUUUUGAGAUGCUGUUUUGAUAUGAGUCAUCGAAUUAAAUCCUCUUUCACACUGCACUGAAA